CAUUGUCAAGAUUCUUCAGAGGAGACUCCUCCAGCCACACAGAACUUUAUCAUUCCAAAAAAGGAGAUCCACACAGUUCCUGACAUGGGGAAAUGGAAGCGUUCUCAGGCAUAUGCUGACUACAUUGGAUUCAUCCUUACCCUCAAUGAAGGUGUGAAGGGGAAGAAGCUGACCUUUGAGUACAGAGUCUCUGAGGCCAUUGAGAAGCUGGUGGCUCUUCUCAACACGCUGGACAGGUGGAUUGACGAGACGCCGCCAGUGGACCAGCCUUCCCGAUUUGGGAACAAGGCCUACAGGACCUGGUAUGCCAAACUGGACCAGGAAGCUGAAAACUUGGUGGCCACAGUGGUCCCCACCCACCUGGCAGCUGCUGUGCCCGAGGUGGCCGUUUACCUGAAGGAGGCGGUGGGCAACUCCACACGCAUUGACUAUGGCACAGGGCACGAGGCGGCCUUUGCUGCGUUCCUCUGCUGUCUCUGCAAGAUCGGGGUGCUCCGAGUGGAUGACCAAGUGGCUAUUGUCUUCAAGGUGUUCAAUCGGUACCUGGAGGUUAUGCGGAAACUCCAGAAAACAUACCGGAUGGAGCCUGCCGGCAGCCAGGGGGUGUGGGGCCUGGAUGACUUCCAGUUUCUGCCCUUUAUCUGGGGCAGUUCGCAGCUGAUAGACCAUCCACACCUGGAGCCCCGGCACUUUGUGGAUGAGAAGGCCGUGACUGAGAACCACAAGGACUACAUGUUUCUGGAAUGCAUCCUGUUUAUCACUGAGAUGAAGACUGGCCCCUUCGCAGAGCACUCCAACCAGCUGUGGAACAUCAGCGCUGUCCCCUCCUGGUCCAAAGUGAACCAGGGCCUCAUCCGCAUGUAUAAGGCUGAGUGCCUGGAGAAGUUCCCUGUGAUCCAGCACUUCAAGUUUGGGAGCCUGCUACCCAUCCAUCCCGUCUCGUCUGGCUAGGGGAGCUGAGCUGCCAGCGCUGCCCAGGCAGGGCUCCUGGGCUCCGGGCCCCUCCCACCCUCCCUCUGUUCUUUCUGUUUGAUGAGAGGCUGUUUACUGGGGUGGGUGGUGAGCAGGGGGCUCGGCAGUGGCCAGUUUCCGACUGCUGCUGUGGUGGGCAGGCAAGAAGAACUGGGAACUGGUGCCUGGGCCUCGCUCUUGUUCCUGGCCUCCCUGGCUCCUGUCCAGUCCACUGAGACCAGAGGCUGGGGAGGCAUCAAGCACCGUUCCACUCCCUGUCCCGUCCCUUCCCUUCCCUUCCCUUCCCUUCCCUUCCCUUCCCUUCCCUUCCCUUCUGUUCCCAUGAUGCCUUGCUAUGGGUUGGAACAGCCGUCCUCCAGAGCUGGAGGUCUGUGUGGGGCUGGAGCCUUCGUGGUGAGCUCUUAGUUGUUUCAGCCUUCUCAGAGAGGCCCCUGGGCCCGCGGGCAUCUGCGUCCAGAGCUUCAUCUUGGCUUUUCUCUCUGGCCCUUGGCUUGGCCAGGUUUCCUGGCUAUAGGCGCAGUUCCCCUCCCCAGGGGUAGUUUUGUUCUGGAAGCUGCCCAUUGGGUAGACCCUAGGCUCCUGGCAGAGUCUGUGUGAUUGGUUGAAGCCUUUUUCCAGACCUUUCCCCUGCAGGGAGGAGGCAGCGGGACUCAGGGAGCGGCUGGGGCUGUUGUGUCUCUGGAGAAGCUAGGUUCUUGCAGUCUCAGGCUGACGCUGCUUCUACCUCCAUGCUGCUGCGAGCUUUACUGGAGGCCCGGGCUGCUGCUCCGGUCUUCCCCUGGGUGGGUGAGGAUGGGCCUGGAGGGUGGGAGGCCGCAGCCACACCCCUUCUCCUGCCACCUCUCUUCAGGGGACGAGGUAGGUGGUGGUGCCUGGUCCCAGCACGAGGCCUGAGCUUGGGCGGGGCUUCCAGGCCUGGCCCACCCCCACCAAGGGUGAGGGUUGCUGGCAGCAGCUCCCCAGUUUUCCGUCUGCUCCGGGCUGGCGGCUGCAGGCCCGCUGCCCCAGCAUCCAGGCCUGCCCCUGUGGGCCAUAGAGCCCUCGGGGAGGGGACCCUGAGGAGCCUGGCCCUGGGCUUGACUGGGGCCAGGACGGUCUGGAUGGAGGCUGGGACAGGAGUCAUCUGUGUCGCAGACACUUUGUUAGGAAAUGCCCAGCGCCUGCCUCCCUCCCAGGGCCAGACCGCUCCCUUCCCGGCACCUCCAGCCCCGCACCUUCCUAGCUGUUCGGAUUAAAGCCUCUGUUUUGCACCUGUCA